UCUAUAUGAGUUCUUCCGAAGGCACGCAUGAUUUGUUUAGUUUAACAAGCUACACUUGAAUGCUUUCAUUUUUGUGUUUGCAGAUGUUGAUUUUGGUUAUUCACAUAUUUUUCUUCUUUAAUUUGGAGCUUUUGUUUUUUUAAUUUGAGAAAUGAAAUAGGUUCCCUUUAAUUAGCAGUAUUUUCAGCUCUCAUGUAAGUCUUUUUUUUGGACUUCUCGUUCUGCUCUUAUUCUGCAUUUUUAAAAGAAAGCAUCACAUGCUGAAAAAUGUUUCUGUUUGAUAAGGUAAUUUUCUAUAUGUAUAUUAGUUUUACUCGAGAUUGUUCGAUGUGUGUGAGGUUGUAAAGGAUAAAGAAAAGGUGAGAAUGUGGGCUCUGAUUUAAUUGGGGCCUUAGGGUUAUCAUUUUAUCCCCUUCCUCUUUUUGUUUUUUCCCCUUUCCCCUUUUUCCUUUUGGAGUUUUUCCGUUACUCACAUCAUCAACAGAUGAAGAAAAACCACUUAAACCCAAACACACUCUUAAGUUGAAGCUUGUGAAGCUCUUUUGAUGUGACAAUAAAAGAGUCGGUAGAUAGACAGUAAAUGAGUUCACAAACACUUCAAUUUUAGAGGAUCCAGAUUAGCUUUUGCUCUCUGUUCUUCAGAUGUCUCUUUAGUGUCAUUGUACUACAUUUCAUUGUUGGUCAUUGCUUCUUUAGUUUACAAUGUGGGAGCCGUGGGGUUGGCAAAAGGAGGUCAAUUGUUUACAAAAGACAUCCACUUUUGACAUGUCUCAGGAGCUUUGGAAUGAAGUGCCUCAAAAUGAAGACGAGAGUUCCCACGUGUUUGAUGAUGAAACAACCCCAGUUAAGGCUUGUGGGGAUUUGGCUUACCGUGUUACUUACAGUGGUAAUAUAGUAAAGGAGCCAGAGGAAUGCAGGGAGACCUCUCUUCUCAAGAGACGUCGGAUGCUCCAGUUCCACUUGCACAGCAAUGACGUGCAUGUUUCUCUUUCCAAUGAAGAGAUGUCUUCAGCAUGCUUGAAAUUUAAUGAUGGGAAGGAGGACUUAAUCGAAGAUGCUUUCCCAGACAUCUCACAGUGGGUGCCUGGAACGUCAGGAAGUGCUUCUGCCUCCAGUUAUGAGGACCUUGAGCUGUCAGCUGAAGGAUGGCUUGCAGAAUGCUUUAAUGAUGCUGAAAUGGAAUUCAACACUGAUUAUAUGAAUGUUUCAGGGGCAGGUGAUGUUCAGAUUGAUGUUGCAGAGCUCUGCGACAUCCAACCGGCAAAUGAGCAAAAUGUGGUUAAGCAGCAUGCUACUCGACCACACAGAAAUGUUAUCUUCAAAGGAAGGAAAUCUAUGAUACAGAUGCCAACCAAGUUGGCAACUUCUGUGGCGUAUCCAUUUGCUUUCAUCAAACCUAGUGGUGCCCAAGGAGAUGUCACUCUGAAGGAAAUAAAUCAGCGGAUACAAACUCGGACAUAUUCGAAAUCCAAGCCAAAAGUUGAAGAUCCAUCUUCUUACCCUAAGUCAGCAUUUUCUGGGAAACCUGUUGUAGGCAAAACGAAAAUUCGUACAGAAGGAGGAAAAGGAACUUUUGGGCUAGAAGUAGGUAUUGGGCUAGGGAAAAUAGGCAUCCGCAGUUCAUUAGUUAGGCCCAGCGAAAUGAGCGGAGCAGUCAAGAUUAAUGAAAUGAUGCAUCGCUACCCAGAAGUGUAUUUCGACCACAAUCCCUUUUAUUUCAGAACAUUCUACGGCCACAGGAAGCAAUUCAUGACCCACUGAAGGAAGAGCAGUUGCCCUGGAGGAUUGGCGGGAAAGUUACAAGUUUGAAAGAGAGUUAACUGUUCUACCCCUAUUUAAGACAAAGGACGACACGAGAAUGAUAGCAGCACUCAGACCAAGCACUUUAGACAACUUGGGGUGCGGUUGGAAACUCCAUAUUUCACAUCCUAACAGUACUUUUUUACUUUGGGGAAGUGAAAUGUUGUUUGGGAUCAAUCAAAUCAAAAGGAUUUUUGGAAAAGACUUCUAGGAUGGGAUGAAAUGUGGAAUUUUUCAAAGCUCCAUUGAGUAGCUUUUCAUAUGUGAACGUGAUCAAAUUGGUACCUACUU